CAUCUUUCGGUUCUAGCUACGGCCGAAUUGAAUGUGGUUUGGCGAUCUCGCAGAUCGUUGAGUGUUUUGUUGUUGAGUGGAGUGAAAAUAGUCCGGAUCAAGUUGAGGGUAUACAGAAUCUGCAAGCAUGCCGCGUCCUCUACGAUCGAGUUGUGAUCGCUGUCAUUCACAAAAGCUCAAAUGCCCAAAGCAGCCCGGAGUUUCAACCUGUACCAGAUGUCUUAAAGCUGGUGCCACAUGCACCUUUAGCCCAGCUGGGCUUAAUACCCGACGCACCAUGCCUACCUCAGUUUACGCGGACGGUGAUAUGAAUAUGCAAUUCGAUUGGUCGUGUCAAGCACCUAACAUACAAUACAGUAUGGAUUCAACUAUGGGAGACGGAUCCUUCUCCCCUGGAAUCUUGGGUCUAGGUGAUUCUUUGGCGACGCCUCCAGAGACCACACAGGAGUUCCAAUCUGGCCAGGACCGACCAACUCAGCAAACAGAAGCUGUGCCACAAGACCCUCGGUCAAAAUGCAUUCGUCAGCUAACUACCAUGGCGGCCGAAGCUGAUAAGCUGUUCCUGGAUCUUUCAUCAAUAUCCCAGGUUCAUGUGCCUAAAAAUCAACCAAUCGCACAUUACCACGCCAAAUUUAUCGAAAACAAUCCUCGCGAACGUUGCAUUGAAUUGCUAUUCUCAUUGGCUCAACGUCUCAUAGACUUGUACCCCCAAGUAUUGAAGAUCUUAUUCGAUAGACCGGAUCUUUCCGAAUGCCAAGACUCAAACUGUUUCCACACAACUGAACUUCCCGACGAGCUUAGAAGACUCUUUACCAGUUUAGAUGAAGAGAGGGAUAAUAUCGAUCCCUUUUUCUUUAACUUACUGGUAUCAUGCCAUUCGAAGAUCGUAGAUCUGAUGGGAGCUGUCGUUGAUUGUGCUCAAACGUGUACCAGGGUUACUAUGGCUUCCCCUGAUAUGCUUGAGCCGGAUGUGCGGAUCCCUGAAGUUCGAGUGGGCAAUUUCGUUGCCAGUAACACAAGCGCUUCGACACUACAGACGGUGCUUUUGAUUCAUGUCGCAUCGGUGUUCGUUGACAAUGCUAAACGACUUAGCAAACGAGUCACAGAGAUUGGGGAUUGUGAAAAAAACAAGAAACAACUUCAAACACUGGAACUUCAAUGCGAAGUGCUCGAAGAGAAGUCGAUUGCUAAAAUGAAACUAAUGGAAGGAGUCAAAGAAUUAUUUUCUAAGAUCGGAUUUAUGAAAUGAGACGAUCCUAUGAUAGCGACAUUGAAGCGAAACGAAACGAAACGAUCGCGUAUCACUCUCGACUCAUUCAUUCGUUAAGAUUACCAGGUACUCUGCCUACCAAUGCGAUAAACGAUGUCAACAGAUCAAAGAUGCAAUCGUAGCAUGAUA